AAAUUUUGAAAAGAAAAUGGAGAGAUUAUAUUUACAACGUGUAUUUUUAGAUAACAGAUUGGAGCGCUUGAUGCAGGAAGGUGUAAUACAGAAAUAAAGACAUUGCUUUGGUUUCUAUUUUGGUAAAAUCCUUGCUUCUGAAGCACCCGAAUUCCGCAUUAAAAUGGGUAAACUGUCUUUACGCAGCAUUAUAUUCCUGUGAAAAGAAGAAUUUUGUAACUGACUCGAAGUAUUUAAGUUUUGUUGAUUGGAGUGAUUAUAAAUCUAUCUGUUGAUCCUUCGUCAAAGAAUCAAGAUGAAAAGACAGAUGUUCUAAAGUUUUGAAGGCUAUCAAAUUUAACAGAUUGUUCAAAUUUGAGUUAGCUUAUCCAGAGAACCAUAUUUAUAUAAAUACUUCUUCCAAAAUUCUAAACAGCCUUGUAAAGGGAGUGUCGACAUUUUUAGGAAGAUUUACGCUUUAUAAUAUGAAUCUGUCUCAUAAACAGUUAAUGAAGGUAAUAACAGCAAGCUUGCAAUGCCAAGAGAUCACUUUUAGAAGAUGCUUCAUACUUUCUGGCAAGUUGAAAUGUUAUCCUAAAGGUAGCUCUAAUUUAAAGUAACUUGACCUUUCAUUAUACAAUCCCUUUACGAAAUAAUGAUCGAAUCAUGAGACCUAAACAUCGAAGAAUUGCGUAAAAUGCCGACUAAAUACAACCUGAAGGGUACAAAGUUAGCAUAUAAGGGGAUUCUGACUGAAAUAGUUGACUUGAUCUAGUCAUCUCAACUCUAAAAUUUUCCAAUUUUCCAUUCAUGGAUAAAUAAAAGUGUC